AUGACUACUCCUAACCCUUCUUUUCUUCCUAUUCCAUCAUUAAAUUAUACUUAUCCUGAAAUCUUUUUACCUUCACAUUUAAAUCAAUCUUCUUAUUUCGAAUCAUAUAUUAAAACAUUACCUUUAUCAACUGUUUAUGAUGCAAUAGAAAAAAGAUUUGAAUGGUAUCAUAAUGUAAUGAAAUCUCAAUUUUUUACUUAUGAAAAUGCAACAACAUUCUAUCCUAUUCGUUUAUUUCACAAAGACAUACCAUUUGAAGACUGUUUUCCAAAUGAAUCAGAUAUACCAUUUGAUUAUGUAUCUUUUUAUUUCUUUAGAAUAUUUUUUUCUAAUUCUAUUCUUCAUCUCUCUUUCUCACAAGUUCACGAACUUUUUGUAUAUCUUGAAACAACUCUCUUUCUUAUCCAUCUUCAGUCAUAUCCUCAUCGUAUAUCAUUGCUUUUACAAAAUCAAAAAAUAACUACUUCGGAAGAUAAUUUAUUCUAUUAUAUCCCCUUUGACAAAGUUAUGCCAAUGGUUACUUCAAGAAGAUACCAAAUGAAAAAUGGAUUACUUAGAGUUCCUCGUUCUGAAUCAGACAUUGUGCUCUCUUGUUUAUUUUUCAGUAUACUUCAAAAUGAUAAAUUUUUAAACGUCCAAAUGCCAAAAGAAUUAGAACCUUUAAAACGGUUAAUCAAUCAAAAAAUGAAUUUGUUCACUCUUCGUUCUCCCUGUGAACUAACAUCUUUUGGUUGUGGUUCAAAACUAACUGCACAAACCUUGAAUGAAAAUUUAAGAGUAUUACCAUUAUGUAUGUACAACAUUAUUUUUAAUAUGAAGAAAAAAAGAAAUGUUAUGUUUGACUCAAGGCACCAGAUUGGUAUAUUCUUUUAUCACUUCCAACUCCCUCAGCAACAGUUAGCUUUAUUCCUUACUACUUAUAUGAAAGAAAAAUUCGAUAAAGAACCUCAAUUAUAUUAUUACUUUCGGCAUUGUUAUGGCUUAGAAGGUUCUAAAAUCACUGAACCAGUUUGGAGUUGUCUUAAUGUAAGAAGUAAAGAAGUUGGUCUCAAUCAGUUUCAUGGUUGUCCAUUCGAUCUCAUUAAACACAACGAACGUGACCUUAAAGAAAUUCUAGUUAAUUACCUCAAAGAUUGGGAAAAAGUCCCACCACACUAUGACAUAGAAGACAUUGAUAAGUACUUUCCUACUGAACAGGGAAAAACUAUCAACACCAUCCUUGACUAUUCAAGGCAUCUUUGUUGUGAGAAGGCUUGUGAAACUCUUUUUCAAUUCAUCACUUCUACCUCAGUCGAGAUCACUCAUCCGAAUCUUUAUAGUUAUCUUAUCUAUCCCUUUGUUUUUCCUACACAAAUUAACCAACAACCAAAUUAA